GGUGCAUUUUGCCUUAAUUAACCGGACCAUACCAGCUCAAAUCAAUCCACACGUAUUACAUAGCAAGAAAAACCAAAUACAAAAUGAACUAGUCGUUACGAACGAUGUGGUAUAUAGUGUCUUGCCAAAUCUUUGCUUCAUUCGUAUGGAAAAUAGUAGUGUCCAACGUCUGCCCCUUCAAGGUCCACCAAGAUGACGGAGCGGUCUAUGUCUAUGCCUAUGGGCGAUAGCUCUACCUCGGAAAACGUAACUAGCCUUCCUCUUUCAGAUCCGCGGUGCAAUAGCGAUGCUUGCGAUGCUUUCGCGGCUGCCCACAAGGCUUCGCAGGCGGCAGUGUCGUACGAUCACCAGUAUGAGUAUGGCCAUUACACCACUUGGUACUACUUAGCGGCUAUCGGGGUCGCUAUGCUCGUCUAUGCUUAUCGCUUGAAUCGGAACCGUAGGGCACGGCGCGGAGCUGCUAGGUCUAGAAAGGCAAAACUGACGCGUAAAGUACUUGCGAUCUUUCGUGCGAUCAACUACCGACACCUCAAAGGCCGUGUGGCCGAUUACUUUGGGUUUCCUUCCCUCGGAGCAUCUGUCUUCAUCGCCGCAACAUCGUUGUUCCUUCUCUUAAUGACGUUCUUGGUCCACCCUUACUAUCGAGGUCGGAGAGGCUAUGGAUCUCCUCCUUUGGCUGUACGAACCGGGUUGAUGGCUCAGGCUUUGACACCUAUCAUUGUUGCCCUUGCUGGCAAGGUCAACUUCAUCACGAUGCUCACUGGUAUCAGCCAUGAAAAGUUGAAUAUUUUCCACCGCUGGGUAUCAUAUAUGUGUUUGUUCCUGAGUAUUGUCCAUACAGUGCCGUUCAUUGUUCAGCCCCUGAGAGAAGGUGGACCCGCUGCUCUCCGGAAGCAGUAUUAUAAACCUGGCGGCAUGGAGUAUACGGGAACCCCGCCACUGGGAAUACUCGUUGGUAUUGUGGUGAUAUCCAUCCCAUGGAUUCGCCAUCGAUUCUAUAAUUUCUUUUAUCGACUCCACAUUCCCAUGUACGUAGUCUACCUUGGACUGCUAUUCUGGCACUCGAAGCAGGAGAAGGACUCAUGGGUGUACUUAUGGUCGACACUUGCCAUAUGGCUUGCUUCGUGUCUAGUGCGCCUCUUUUACAAGUGGCAGACUUUCAGCAUUUUCCGAAGCUGGUUCCAAGGGUUCCCAGCGAAGCUUGAAGAACUUCCAGGCGGUAUGACAAAGUUGACCGUUCUUGCGCCACGAGACUUCAAUUGGCGACCCGGACAGCACUGCUGGCUGCGGGUACCUCACUUGUCCUUGCUGCAAAACCACCCUUUCACAAUUGCAAAUUUACCCAAGGUCAAAACGCCGGGAGUGAGAUUAGAUUCAGAAACACAAGAUAUGAUCUUUUAUGUCCGUGCUCGUCAUGGACUGACUUUAGAUUUGCUUAAAUCUGUCGCAAAUCAUGACGAUGAGGAAAAUCGGAGUCGCUCUAUCUCUGUCCAUGUUGAUGGUCCGUAUGGUGGACUGAUUGAGGAUGUACCCGCACUAUACGAAUCGCUUAUCUUCGUUGCUGGAGGCAGUGGAAUUUCCGCAUGUCUUCCGUGGAUUCAACAUGCGGCAAAGCGCAUCGCCGAAGGCACUUCUGUGACCAAGAGUAUCCACCUCGUAUGGAUGGUCAGAUACGCCAAUCAAAUACAGUGGGUUACUGAGGAGUUAGAACCACUCGUCAACGCUCAUCCGGAUCUGAUCCAAGUGGAGUUUUUCGUGACAAAUUCAAGCGCCGGAGCGGUGUCAAACGUGGACUCUGAUAAAAAUUCAGAUAGUGGAGUGACUGGGAGUAAACCGAACGAGAAGAGUACGAUGACGGUAAGCCCAAAGCUAGGGCAAGUGCAUAACCAACGGCCCUACUUGCCUACACUUCUUCCUCCUCUCAUCACAGAACAACGGUCAUUUAUUUUAGGUUGCGGGCCGGAGAGUCUGAGAACCGAUUUGGCAAACGCAGCAUCAACUGCCCAGAAAAAAGUUCUUGCUGGAGAUGUUGAGAUUAUUACGUUGCACACGGAGUCUUUUGGUUGGUAAGUUGGAUGGUGAAUGAGUUUGGGUCAUUACCAUAU